ACAGCUCCUUUCCACCGCCUCGCUUGGGUGGCAAGGUGGAUGAGGGCCCCAGAUUUCUCCAGCGUCGUCGUCGUAGUCCAUAGAAGCGUCGCGUCAUCUCCGCGAGGGUACACGAUGGCGGUGGCGAAUGCGGUGGCGAAUACGAUAGCAUGUGCACAGCCCCUCGAGAGUGAAUAAGAGCGUGCGUGAAGUGGGCCCCCCCCCCAUGAUUCGCGCGAAUUCCCUCAUCGCCUCCAUGAUUCGCGCCCGCCCGACAUGCGCCUCACCGUCGUCUUUGCUCUUGCGCUCUGCUUUGGGGCAGUUCGCGCUCAAGUGUGAGUCGUGCGUGUCUACACGACGCCAGAAACGUCUGCUCAUUCGCUGUCGACAGUCCAGAAUGGGCUCAAGCUAUGGUGAGCGCGCGUGUGCGUGCGUGUGCCGUGUCGACGGGUGUGGGCGCGCGCGCGUGCGCUCGGCACUCGACGAGAUUUGCAAAAGACCAGCAAGCGCGCAAUCGAACGAGGGGAGAAGGAUCGCGCAAGAGCGAGCGCAAGAUGGGAUCCAGGGCGGCGGCAUCCGAGGCGCGCGAGAGCACGACGGCAUCCGAGGCGCGCGAGAGCACGACGGCAUCCGAGGCUUGCGCUCGGCCAUCAAAAACUCGAGCCUCUGCUUGCGCUCGGCCACCAAAAGCGCGAGCUGCAGAGGCUCGAACGGUGGCCUCGCCAUCGCAAGCCAAAUCUUUUAAAAUUUCCCGCGUCGAGAGCGUGUCGGGAGUGGCCAAGGCGGACCAAGCGGGCAAGGCGUCGGCCAUGAGAGCUCGACAGGUGGCAGAAGCAGAACGCAUGCAUGCUCGAAUGAUCGAGGCGGCGAGCGGGAGCGGGAGCGGGGGCGAGAGCGUGGCGUGCUGCUGAGCUGCUUUUAAAACGA